AGCUGCGUCAUUGCUCCAAGCCGCAAAGAUUCCAGUCUACACUCUGUAUAAAAAAAAUUUCACAAAAUUUCUCAGUAUGAAUUGUCUACGUCAUCUUUAAAUGCCAUAAAAUAACUGUGGUCUUGCCUUGCCCAAGUCCAUCACUAGUUUUGAGCUUUCAAUCAUGGGUUCGCCAGUCUUGUUCCUUCUAUUCUCUUUGGCAUUUUCUUUCCCACUUUCAUCUUCAGCAGUUAUCAUCAGUAAAGGCACAUCCUUAUCAGUAGAGAAACCAGAUAUUCUAACAUCGCCAAAUGGCGACUUCUCUGCUGGCUUUUAUUCCGUGGGUGAUAAUGCCUAUUGCUUUGCCAUAUGGUUUAGCAACUCACGCACCGUAGUUUGGAUGGCAAACCGUGACCAGCCAGUAAAUGGAAAGCGCUCAAAGCUCUCCCUCCUCAAUACUGGCAAUCUCAUCCUAACUGAUGCCACUAAGUUAAAUGUCAACGUUUGGGCCACAAACACUGUCUCACUCUCCUCAGUCCAAUUAUUUCUCAACAACACCGGUAAUCUUGUUCUACGUAACAAGGAACAUGUUUUGUGGCAAAGCUUUGACUUCCCUACAGAUACCCUUCUUCCUGAACAACUAUUCACUAGAAAAACAAAGCUUGUCUCCUCAAGAAGCCAGACCAACAUUUCCUCUGGUUUCUAUGAGCUUUCCUUCUACAACAAUAGCUAUCUUCAAAGCGUUUAUAAUGGUCCUAAUGUUUCCCGUACUUAUUAUUAUUAUCAUUAUUCAUUGCUUGGGUAUUACAAUAGUGGCACACUUGUCUUUAAUUCCUUAGGGAAUUUUAGUUCAUACGAUCAUUUAACUAUUAUCUCAGCCGACUAUGGAGCAGUGCUUCAUAGAAGAUUGACACUUGAUUACGAUGGUAAUAUUCGAUUGUACAGUUGGGAAGAGGAGGGGAAGACUUGGGUUGUUUCAUGGCAAGGCACUCAGAGACCUUGCAAGAUUCCUGGUGCUUGUGGGGCCAACAGUUUGUGCAGUUAUGUUAUUGGUUCCGGCAGGAAAUGUUCUUGCGCACCAGGAUACAAGAUGAAAAAUCGUAGCGAUUGGGCUGAUGGCUGUGAACCCGAAGUUGAUCUUUCUUGCGAUGAAAGUGAAUUGGACUUUGUGCUAUUAUCCUAUGUUGACUUUUACGGGUAUGAUUUUGCAAUCUUCCCUAAUUACACCUUAGAUGAAUGUUGGGAUCAAUGUUUGGCAGCAUGUGAUUGCAAAGCGUUCCAAUACAACAAUAACACUUGUUAUCUGAAGACACGAUUGCUGAAUGGAUAUCGUUCGCCAGAUUUAUGGGGAGAUAUCUAUUUGAAACUUCCAAAAAGCAAAAUCUUGCCCGGCGACAAUCCUCUACAAGAAUUCAGUUUAAUUUGCUCAAGUGAUAGUACACUACAAAACGGUAAAAACAGGACAGUGAAAUUUAUGCUCUGGUUUGCUAGUGGAGUGGGUGCACUUGAAAUCAUCUCUUUCUUUGUGGUGUGGUGUCUCUACAUCAAAACCCAGAAAAGUUUAGGUGUUGACAAGCAAGGACAUGAUCAUGCUGCCAUUGGAUUUAGAAAAUUUACAUAUACUGAACUAAAGAAGGCCACAAAGAGUUUUACUGAGGAGAUUGGAAGAGGUGCGGGGGGAAUUGUAUACAAAGGUGUGUUGUUUGAUAAGCGAGUUGCAGCAAUCAAGCGUCUAAAUGAAGUCAACCAAGGAGAAAGUGAAUUUCUAUCAGAAGUAAGCAUCGUUGGAAGGAUUAAUCACAUGAACUUAAUAGAGAUGUGGGGGUAUUGCGUAGAGGGAAAACACAGGCUUUUGGUGUAUGAGUACAUGGAGCAUGGUUCUUUAGCAAAUAACCUCUCAACCAAGGCACUUGAUUGGGAGAAAAGGUUCAAAAUAGCCAUAGGCACUGCGAAAGGUCUAGCUUAUUUGCAUGAGGAUUGUUUAGACUGGAUUUUACAUUGUGAUGUAAAGCCUCAAAAUAUACUUUUAGACUCGACUUAUCAACCAAAAGUGGCAGAUUUUGGCUUGUCAAAGUUACAAAAUAGAUGCGUCCUUAAGAAUUCAAGCUUCUCAAGGAUGAGAGGAACCCGAGGUUACAUGGCUCCAGAAUGGGUUUUCAAUAUGCCCAUCACCUCCAAAGUGGAUGUUUAUAGUUAUGGGAUUGUGGUGUUGGAAAUGGUGACCGGAAAGGGUCCAUCAAGGAAUGUCCAUGCUAUAAAUGAUGGUGGGGAAGCUGAGCACAAAAUGUUGGUUACAUGGGUGAGGGAAAAAAUGAAGAAAGCGGCUUCAAAUACCUCCUCGCUUGAAGAGAUCAUUGAUCCAAUGUUAGAAGGUAAAUAUGACAUGGUCAAGAUGAAAGCUUUGGUUCAGGUUUCUCUACAAUGCGUAGAAGAAGACAAAGAUGCAAGACCUACCAUGAGCCAAGUAGUUGAAAUGCUCAUACGCCAAGAAAAAGAUUGAGUCACAUGUCCUACUUAAUAUGAUAUGUCUAGUGACUACCGAAUUUCAUUCAUAAAGCAAGCAUAGUUGUGAAGUUGCUACCCAAUAAAUUGGAGUCUCUUCUAUAUUCCUAUACAUUGGGCUAGCAUUCAACAUGCAUUUGAUGUGAAAUAAGUGUAUGUGUGUGUUUUUCCUAAUUUGUUUAACUUUUUCGUUAGCUUGCAUCUUCCUUGCAACAACAUGAUUCAAUAAAAUCUUUGACUUAAUUCUCAAAAAAAUAA